AUGCCAGACCCUGUGGAACCGUUGCUCAAGCUGGAGGGGCGGGUCUCAAAGGCCAACAUCAACAAGCAGGUGCGAGACGGCGACUGGUGGUACUCGGUGCAUCUCAACAUCCGUGACGCGAUGAACACGUGGCACCUGAAACUUUGGGUGUCCCAUUUGCAGAUCAAGAUCAUCACCGCCUUGAGGGGGAAGACGGUCCGCUUCCUCGCCUACUAUUGCCCCCAUUUCUGGGAGAACGGCUUGCCGCCCAUGGUGGCGACGCUGGACGGCCCGGGCUACUCGACCAUCCGCUUCGGCUGUCUCGACACCGUCCAGAAUGCCGUCCACAAUGGCGGUGAGGCGGCCGACGAGAGCCUCGAUUUCACCUUCACGCUAAAAUUCAAGGACGACCUGGCGCCGGGCGAGGUGGAGAAUACGGUGAAGCGGUUUUACCUCCUGGAGAACGUGCUGACGGGACGACAGAUGGUGCUGUCAAUGUAUUGGCAUGCUACCUGCAUUGACCAGGAACCGGUGAUCAAGGAAGGAAAGAUCUACAAGGCGUUCUACGUCGGCCACUACGGCAACAAUACGGUCCGAAUGAUCUACUCGAACCACAGCGAGAUCUACGAGUGGGGCAACAUCCCGGAAGAG